AGUGCAGCCAUCACUAUACAUAGCUCUGCAGAAACACUCCUGGCCGCUGUCAACCAAAAUUGCACAUAAGAGAUAUCGCCUCAUCCACACAAAAAUGUACGAGAGCAUCAUUCCCUUCCCAGAUCAAACCGCAAGCACAGUCGACAAGUACUGCUGCUCCCAUUCCACAGGACUGCCACCCCUCUUCGCCGAGCACGCAGCAUGGACAGUCGAAAAGUUCGAGACCUCGUAUAUGAUGUGCUGUCCGCUCCAGGCCCAAAUGUGCAUCUUCCUCGCAAGCGACCGCCGCGCGAGACGGGUGCUCGAGAUCGGGACGUUCACGGGAUACAGCGCGCUGGCGUGGAAGGAGGGGAUGAAGGCCGUGGGCGGGGAGGUGUGGGCGUGUGAGGCCGGUCCUCGGGCCAUUGCGGCAAGCAAGGAAGCAUUCGCCAAGUAUGAUCCGGAGGGAAAGAUUCAUCUGGUCGAGGGACCUGCGCUACAGACGUUGCGAGAGAUCAAUGCUGCGCCAUUUGAUAUCAUCUACGUCGACGCUCGGAAGGCGGAGUAUAUCGAGUACGUGGAGAUUAUUCUGGAGAGGCAUCUUCUGGCGGAAAAUGGGAUUAUCCUUGCGGAUGACACGAUCCAUCUCGGGCUGGUGGCAGAUAGAUCUCCUACGAACCCCCAUUCGGCGCGGGAGGACAUUGAAUACAGCCUUCAGCAUGCUGAUAAUGUGCAUAAGUUCAAUGAAUGGGUGGUCAAGCAUCCUCGACUGGAUGUCCUCUUGCUUCCAAUUUUCAACGGGGUGACUAUGAUCAAAAUCAAGACGUGAUCCUGAUCAUUUGCAAAACUUUGAGGCUUCGAAUUAUUAAUUCUGAAACCAUAAGAAAAAUAAGCAAAGGAUGAUUGUGACCUAUCUCCUGUAGUUUCCUUAGUAACGAGGCAUGGGUUGCAUACGAGGCGUAGCUGAAGAGCAGUGGGAUUUGAGCCAGGAUCUUACAUACCAAUUUUUUCAUACCG